AUGGAGGGAUCAGAAAAUAUGGAGAGCUUCCUCCAGUGGAGUUCGGCAAUUGGAAUCUCGGACUCUCCGAUUUCUGGAGCACCUUUCGACUCAUGUAUCGGCCGUUCUUUGUCCGUCUCCCAUUUUCCCGGCGCCGGCGGGAGAGGCUUAGCUGCGGCCCGUGAUUUAAGAAAGGGGGAGUUGGUCCUUAGGGUUCCGAAGGCGGCGCUGAUGACAAGCGAUGUUCUGAUCGGCGAUGAUCGCAUGUUGUCUGCUGCCUUGGUGAAACACCCUUUACUCUCGUCUACCCAGGUAUUCUCCGUUGCUUUACUGAAUGAAGUGAACAAGGGCAAGAACUCUUGGUGGUAUCCUUACCUGAAGCAGUUGCCUCAAAGUUAUGAUUUGCUGGCAUGUUUUGGCCGGUUCGAAAUUGAAGCUUUGCAGAUUGAUGACGCCAUUUGGUCAGCUGAAAAGGCUGUUAUUAAGGGGAAAAUGGAAUGGGAAGAAGCUACUCCUCUUAUGUGCGAACUUAAUCUCAAGCCUCAGCUCAGAACCUUGAAAGCAUGGCUAUGGGCUUAUGCAACUGUAAGAACAUGUCAUUUGAUUCUUGGUGCUGAUUCCUUCUCUUCUGUAGAAAGAGAAAGCAAUCAAAACCCAAUAAACGGCCUCUCAGAUGCGAACACGGAUAGGUUAAUAGAUGCUGGUUAUGAUGAAACAACCGCUUGUUAUUGUUUUUAUGCUAAGAGAGACUAUGCUGAAGGAGAACAGGUUCUUCUAAGCUACGGUACGUACACAAACCUUGAGCUCCUUGAACACUAUGGCUUCAUCCUUCAAGAAAAUCCAAACGACAAGGCAUUUAUAUCCUUGGAGACCGAGAUGUACUCCCUCUGCCCAUGGCCCAAGGAUUCACUAUACAUUACUAAUGACGGUAAACCAUCCUUUUCCCUCCUGUCGACCGUCCGGCUGUGGGCCACCCCUCCCAACAAGCGUCGAUCGGUCAAACAUUUAGCCUUUUCUGGUCAACGUGUCUCGAACGAGAACGAGGCUGCCGUCAUGAAGUGGAUAAUGCACAAAUGUCAAGCAUUGCUGAAUAACUGCCCGACCUCAAUCAGUGAAGAUGCUCAUCUUCUGAAAAUCAUCGAUAAUAUUCAAGACUACACGGGACAGGUGGAGGUGGAAGGCCUGCCUGUAAUUUCGUGUGAUGAAAUUCGUGUUUUUUUGGAGAAGAAACAUUUGAAGGCUACUAGAAAAAGCUGUUAUGAGUUGGAGUUUUAUGAAAAGACGAGAAGGUCUGCGUGUAGGUGGAAACUGGCGGUAGGGUGGAGGCACACGUACAAGAAGAUUUUGAGUGAAUGCUUUUCUUAUUGUAGUAAGGUGUUGGCUGAUCUUGGUUGA